GAACACCUCUCUUCCCAGCGCUCCCGGCCCGGGGCGGAGAACUUGCCAGCCAAAUGAGGUGGGAACCUUGUACCCGGCGAGGCGCUGGAGGCGGGGCCCUGGGACUGUUCCCCCCGGGAGCAGCGGAGCUGCGCUGUGGGCCCCUCCCGGAUUCUAGCGGACGCCGGGAGCGGGCACUGGAGCGGGUGUGCAGUUAAAAGGCAGCUACCGAGCGGGCAGUCGAGCGGAGUGUUUGCGGGUCACCGGCUGCAGGCGCGAUGAGACCGGGAGAGGAGCGGCCCUUGGAGGGGGGCGCUUGCAGCGGCGUCUCCCAGCUGGAGCUGCUGAAGCUGCGCGCCGCGGAGCGCAUUGACGAGGCGGCCGAGCGCCUGGGGGCCCUGAGCCGCGCGAUCUGGAGCGAGCCCGAGCUGGCCUACGAGGAGCACCGGGCCCACGGCGUGCUGACGCGCUUCUUCGAGCGCGAGCCUCCGGCUGCCUCUUGGGCAGUGCAGCCACACUACCAGCUGGCCACGGCCUUCCGCGCAGAGUGGGAGCCGCUGGGGGUCCGUGCGGCGCGGCGCCCGCUGCAGCUGGGCUUCCUCUGCGAAUACGACGCGCUGCCCGGCAUCGGGCACGCCUGCGGCCACAACCUGAUUGCCGAGGUCGGGGCGGCGGCCGCGCUGGGCGUGAAGGGGGCCCUGGAAGGGCUCCCCGGGCCGCCUCCGCCGGUGAAGGUAGUUGUCCUGGGAACGCCUGCAGAAGAAGAUGGUGGUGGCAAAAUUGAUUUAAUUGAAGCAGGGGCUUUUAAAAAUCUUGAUGUUGUUUUUAUGGCCCACCCAUCCCAAGAGAAUGCUGCUUAUUUACCUGAUGUGGCUGAACAUGAUGUGAUUGUGAAAUACUAUGGGAAAGCAUCUCAUGCUGCUGCAUAUCCCUGGGAAGGAGUAAAUGCAUUAGAUGCUGCCGUUCUCGCCUACAACAAUCUGUCUGUGUUGAGACAGCAAAUGAAACCAACCUGGAGAGUUCAUGGCAUAAUAAAAAGUGGUGGUGUAAAACCCAAUAUCAUUCCGUCUUAUUCUGAAUUAAUCUAUUAUUUCCGUGCACCCUCAAUGAAAGAACUUCCAGUUUUGACCAAAAAGGCAGAAGAUUGCUUCAGAGCUGCAGCUUUGGCUACUGGGUGUACAGUAGAAAUUAAAGGUGGAGCACAUGAUUAUUACAAUGUUCUUCCCAAUAAGAGCCUAUGGAAAGCUUAUAUUGAAAAUGGAAAAAAACUGGGAAUAGAAUUUAUUUCAGAAGAUGCAAAGUUGAAUGGCCCUUCAGGAUCUACUGAUUUUGGAAAUGUUACUUUUGUGGUUCCUGGGAUUCAUCCAUAUUUUUACAUUGGAUCUAAUGCCUUGAAUCAUACAGAACAAUAUACUGAAGCUGCAGGGUCACAAGAAGCUCAGUUCUACACUUUGCGUACGGCCAAAGCUCUGGCAAUGACUGCGUUGGAUGUUAUUUUUAAACCAGAGUUGCUGGAGAAAAUCAAGGAGGACUUUAAAUUGCAACUUCAAGAAGAAGAAUUUUUAAAUACAGUAGAAUAAAAGGAAGACCUAGGAGCCACUUAUGGAUCAUUAAGAAGUACUGAUUUUUUUCUUGAAUCUUUUUUAAUAAUGGAGGAGGGCAUGCUUAAUUUUUAGUCUUAAGGGACUCAAAUUCCUCUUACCUGAAGAGGGAGGCCAUGAUCCAUGAUGCAGAGAAAACACAUUACCUCAUAUCUAAAAUGAAAAAUUUCAGGGGCGCCUGGCUGGCUCAUUCGGAGGAGUGUUCAACUCUUGAUCUCAUGUGGUUGUUGAGUUUGAGCUGAUAUGUAAUGGCAUUUCAUUUCUUUUCUUUUCUUUUCUUUUUUUUUAAGAUUUUAAGUAAUCUCUACAUCCAACAUGGGGCUCAAACUCACAAAGCCACAAGAUUAAGAGUUGCACGCUCCUCUGACUGAGCUAGCUGGGCACCCCUGUAAUGGCAUUUCUUUUUCUUUUUCCAUUUCUUUUGCGAUGGCAUUUCUUAAUUUGGAUGAUCCAUGGCUUAUCAGUGAUAAUAUUUUAUAAAUUCAUAUGUUGUGGAGCUAUAUUUUAAAAGAUCAGGGGAUUUCAAACUUUAUAUUUAGAAUUGAUCCAUGAAAGACUUUUUUCUCUUUCUUUCUUUCUUUCUUUCUUUCUUUCUUUCUUUUUUUUUGGUAUAGGAUGGUAAAAUAAUUGUGAAUAGUAUAAAAUUCAGGUUCUAAAUUUAGGAAAAGUUCAUUUAGAACAUCUGAUUAUAUCUAUGUUGACUUAGAGAAUCUUUUCAUUGAUAGUAAAAGCAGGAUUUUAAUCAGAAAUGCUGUGGGAAACAACUAGAAGUUCAGUACAAAGAAUAAGCUUCAGUUUUACCAUUUGAAGGAAAAUGAAUAUAUAUAUAUAUUUUUUACAUAAUUAACUCUGAGAAGUGGCAUUAAAGUGCUAUUCCUAAUUCUGUAUUUCUGUAUUAGGAAAACAUAUAGACAGAUAGGGUUAGACUUUUCCUGUGAAGUGUUUGCUUGGUAGCAUAUUCUAGAGGGACUUACUGAGAAAGGAGCAAUGUCCAUUUGCUUUGAGUGUCAGCGUCAUGUAACUGGUCACCUCUACCCAGCAGCCCUAUUCAGACUUCUGCUCAGAAGUCAGCCUGUCCAGUUUACUGAGUUUAAGGGACAGAAUUCUAAGCCUUCUUAGGCCCCAUGCUCUCUCAAUAUUAAUUUAAAAGUAUUCUAAGUUUUUCUUGGUUCUUAGUGUGAGUUUCUUGAACAUGGUAAAAGAAUGUGAAAAAAGUACCCGGUAAAACAAAUCCUUUAAGCUGUGAAUAUAGUAAACCUCUAGUGUACUUUGUUUUAAAGGAACUCCUCAUAGUUGAGUGUAUUCCAAAAACAUAAGGGGAAAGAGAAAAGUAAGCGUUUGGCCUCUUCUGCCACAAGCAAGUCACUCAGGGCCAGGAGCCUUGAGGUCCCCACUUGGAAAGUUAGAUCACUUAUCCCUACAGUCCUUUGAACCUCUAAGUUCCUGUUCGAUCUGAGAUUAUUUAAAAUUGAAAAAAAAGACAGGUGUAAUUUUGGGGACAGUUAGUAGUUGAGAAUUGCUUUUCUUCUAUAUCAAGGGACUACAAGCUAUGGCCUCAUUUGGUAAGCACCUGAUUGUAUGUGGCCAGCAUGCUAAAAGUAAUCCUUACCUUUUUUUUUUUUUUUUUUUUUUUUAAUAUUUGUUUAUUCUUGAGAGGGAGAGAGACAGAGCACCAGUGGGGGAUGGGGAGAGCGAGAGAGGGACAUAGAAUCUGAAGCAAGCCCCUGGUUCUGAGCUGUCAGCACAGAGCCUGACGUGGGGCUUGAACUCACGAGCCAUGAGAUCAUGACCUGAGCCGAAGUUGGACGCUCAACCACCUGAGCCACUCAGGCACCCCAAUCCUUACAUUUUUAAGGGAUCAUAGGGGAAAAAAAAGCAUCAGAGACCAAGACCAGAUCAUGUGACCUCUAAAACUUAAAAUAUUUACUACCUGGCCCUUUAUUUUACUUAUUUUUUUUUUCAAUAUAUGAAGUUUAUUGUCAAAUUGGUUUCCAUACAACACCCAGUGCUCAUCCCAACAGGUGCCCUCCUCAAUACCCAUCACCCACCC